AGCCAUUUUCAAACUCUGCCGAAUCCCCGAUACCUGUGAAUCAGAGCAUGGGUUCCAAGGCAGGUGGAAAUUCCAGUGACCUAUGGGCAGAAAUCGUAGCCACUGAAAACCAACAACAAAAGCAACAAGUUGAAGUGAUUUACAGAAGAAGAAGAACCCAGAAAACCCCUCAAGAUGUAGACUUGAAGCAGCCGAUUUUAAGUCGUCGGAAUGGGAAUCGGAUGAGUUUGGCGGGCGAGGCCGCCAACAAGCGAGUUAGUUGGAACCGGUCCCUUUCCACCAGAGGAAGGACAAGUAUUGCUGUUGGUACUUGCGUGGAUUAUCAGCCUCAAGGGAAGCAGGCUAGACGAAAAGGAAAACCUGCUCUACCCAAAGGAAAAUUUGUACAAGCUCCAACUUUUGAGAAGGAGAGGGCAUACUUUCAAGAGGUCGAUGCCUUUGAGCUGUUGGAGGAGAGUCCCUCGCCCAAGAACUUCAGUACAUGGGCCAAGGGCACUCAAACUAACAAUAUUGCAAUACCACGUUUGUCCUCAAGACUAGAGAAAUGGCUGAUUUCGAGGAAAUUAAACCAUACUUGUGGACCUUCCAGCACACUGUCGAAGAUAUUAGAAACUCCAGCCAUGCCCUUGGAACCUAUAUGUGGCGAUGAUUUAAAUUCCUCAAAUUUGAGAACUCCAGAAAAAUCUUCUAUGAAGACUAAUUCGAAGUUGCUUGCGGUCCAUAGCAGAUUAAGUUCGAUUUUAGCUGAUAAAGAUGCACUUGAGAGGGAUCACAAUUCAAAAUAUAGAAAUUUAGUAUCAGGGAGUGAGGGUCAAAGGUGUUGUGAAGAUUUAGAGGUUGCUGUCAGGAAACUCUCUCUGGCAUCAACGUCGGUUUCCUUUGAUGGUGAUCAGUUGGAUCCCUUUGCCGCAUUAUUAGCAGUUUGUGGACAGCCAUCUCCUUCAAAGCUAAAGGAUGUAUUCUUCAAGUAUUGUGAACUGGGAAAUAUCGCUAAAAUUGGUGAAGGUACUUAUGGAGAAGCAUUUAAAGCUAGCAACUAUGUUUGCAAAAUAGUUCCUAUUGACGGAGACUUGAGAGUGAAUGGGGAAGUGCAGAAGAGGUCAGAAGAAUUGCUUGAGGAGGUCAUUCUUUCUCGAACUCUCAACUGUUUAAGAGGUUGCGACGGUGAUGUUUAUAACGCGUGCACCACAUUCAUAGAAACAAUAGAUUUAAAGGUGUGCCAAGGUUCUUAUGAUUCUGCAUUGAUCAAAGCUUGGGAAGAUUGGGAUGAGAAUAAUGGUUCAGAAAACGAUCACCCCAAGGAGUUUCCAGAGAAACAGUGCUAUGUCGUAUUUGUGUUAGAACAUGGCGGCAAGGAUCUUGAAAGCUUUAUACUUUUGAACUUCGAUGAGGCACGGAGUUUGUUAGUUCAGGUUACAGCUGCGCUGGCUGUGGCUGAAGCUGCAUAUGAAUUUGAACACCGAGAUCUCCACUGGGGAAACAUACUUUUAAGGCGGAAUGAUUCUGAAACAUUGCAGUUCAUUCUUGAGGGGAAGCAUAUAUCUGUCAGAACAUUCGGAUUGUUAAUAUCAAUAAUUGACUUCACGCUUUCAAGAAUCAAUACUGGUGAGGAAAUACUAUUUUUAGACCUAGCCUCGGAUCCUGAUCUCUUCAAUGGUCCAAAAGGAGAUAGACAAUCAGAAACGUAUAGAAAGAUGAAGGAGCUCACAGAUGAUUGCUGGGAUGGAAGUUUUCCUAGAACAAAUGUGCUAUGGUUGCUGUAUUUGGUGGAUAUACUACUCCUGAAGAAAUCGUUUGAACGCAACUCAAAAAAUGAAAGAGAUUUGCGCGCCCUGAAAAAACGUCUAGAUAAGUAUCAGUCAGCCAAAGAGGCAAUUUUUGAUCCUUUCUUCAGUGAAUUGUUGAUCAUGGCGUGUGAGUGAGAAGUGGGGGAAGCAAAAGAGGUGGUGGUGACAGAAAAGAAAAGAUGGUGUUUGUCUUGUACAUAUUUAGCAGGAUGUGGGGCAGAUGAUCAUUGUUUAAAGUUGGUAUCUUCUUCAUAGUUUGUGAAAUAUAUGAUGCUAAAUGUGAUUAUUAAAGGAUAUGAGUCUGACAAAAAACAGUUUCACUACCUUAACAGUGACGCUAAUUAUCACUACUGAUUUUGCUAGUAAAUUGUAUUGUAUUGGGUAUUGGUAACU